AGUGAUUUGAGAUUACUGAAGACUUCAAAUUGGAUUACACGGUAUUCUUCGGGAUCCUUGGUGCAAUUCUUCAGUUUAAUGGAAGUAUGCUACAUAGAGCAUUGAGAUCUUACUUGGAACCAACAAUUUUUACUCACGCAUCCCGGCUUUCGUCGAGGGCUCAACCUGGCUAAGCUCAUUCCAAAUUCAAAACACAGCUCGGCAUACGAGACUAUCGUCAAACGUGGAACUCGAGGACAGAGGCACAUUGCUUUCGAGACAUGUGGCAUCCACACCUGCCCUUGGUCACAGUACUACUACUCUCAUGAACAAAAAGUGUCGACAGGAAGACUUGUGGGGUUUGUCCUCGGAACCCAAAGAACUACUAACUUAUUCCAUGCUUACCCAAAUUGGCACCCCACGAGUUUCGCCAAUCCAAUAGAUAAGGAUCACUUGGACAUCACGUCGGACAAGAAGCGAGGACAUGUGGUAACGAGUCGCCGGUGGUGCAGCCUCUAUCGAACUGCUUGCUUCCUUUUUUCUUCUGAAGUGCCCCUGCAAUGGCCAGCCUCAAUUAAAGCACAACCGAUACGUGGAUGUGAGCAGUGCUUGUGCUUCCGAUGCUGCCCUCUAAUACAUCGAACGAAUCUAGCGACAGGUUUCACGUAGGAUGUGUUGAGGAUAUACCCAAGGCAUCAUGAAAAAGAGUUAGACAUUCUAGUGCUUGCACCUGAGAAGUGGCAGUGGGAGACAGCUUGCGACCAGAAUCUCACUUGAUACUGGUGCAGCGGAAGCAGCUGAGGCAUGGACGGGCAGUUGGGUUGGGGUACUACAGAAGAUGGCUGGAGAAAGGGUCCUUGGACCGUGCAAGAGGAUCAACUCCUCAUCGAGCAUGUCACCCUCCAUGGCGAAGGACAAUGGAACUCGGUCUCCAAGUUAUCAGGUCUGCGGAGGAGCGGGAAGAGCUGCAGGCUUCGGUGGGUGAACUACCUGAGGCCGGACCUCAAGAGAGGCAGCAUCACUCCACAAGAGGAGAACACCAUACAAGAGCUGCAUGCCCUGUGGGGAAACAGGUGGUCCGCCAUUGCUCGAAGCCUGCCGGGGAGGACCGACAACGAGAUCAAGAACUACUGGAGGACCCAUUUCAAGAAGGACAACACCCCGAGGAAGAAAGCCGAGAGGGCGAGAGCCAGACUCCUCGUGAGGCAGCAGCAAGAGCGGCAGAAGCACAAGCAGCAGCAGCAGGAAGCGGAAGACAUGGGGGGGACGUCGACGAUGAAGCAAGUGGAGGAGGAUGCCAUGCGAGCGGAAGAGGUGCAGGAGAUGGCCUACGUGCUUCAAGGUGGCGGCUUCCAGGGAUACAUGAGCGACGAGGAUGGCUCGUGGGGGUGCCUGUGGAACCUUGACGACGACGACAAUGCAUCUGAGUACACCGAGGGUGGCAGCACAUCUCAAGUGAAGGAUUGAGUACAUCAUGUCGCUGGCAACAUCAUGUAGGGAGAACUUACAUUAAUGUAUGUGGGCAGAUCCUAGAAACUAAUUAAUGGGCAGACAUCUGUAGCAAGUUUCUUCUUCGACUAAUAUUAGUUUCUUCAUUACAUAAUAGUACA